GUUGACCUUGUGUGUUUAGUUGAAGGGCACGAUGGACGGUCUGCAGGAACAGCUGUGUGAGACCCGGGAGACGGGCGACAGCGUUGCCAGGGUCGACGCCCUGCUGAAGGACGCCAGACAGCUGCAGAACAAAGCCAAGGUUGGUCAGGACAAGGCGCGUCGGCUGGUUGCCCGUGGCGAUGAGUUGAUCGGGGAGAACCACUAUGCGGUGGAUUCCAUCCGGCCGAAGUGCCGAGAGAUGCAGCUGGUCUGCGACGACUUCACCGUCGCCAUGGCGAAGAGAAUCGACCUGCUCAACAGGUCACAUGACCUGCAGCAGAGGCUGGACAAGGCGAACCGUUGGUGCACCCAGGGCGUUGACCUCCUGGCCUCCCAGCCCAUCGACAAGUGUCAGACCCAGGAAGGUGCUGAGUCGGCGCUGAAGGAGUGCCAGGACUUCCUCGAGACAUUCAGCGACCUUCGGCUGCAGGACCCUAAGGAGUUCCAUGUCAAGUUCGAGGAGAUGCUCACCGCAGAGUCAAAGGCGUCUAUCCAGCUGGUCCUGAAGAGAAUCGAGGAUGUUCAGGAGAUGUUUGAGAAGAGAAAAGUGAGUCUGCAGAAGCUGGCGGUGAAGCAGCAGCGGCCGGUGCAGCCCGUCGCAGCACAGCCCUCACCCACACACAAGCCUCGGGUCGGGGGUCAGGCGCGGGAUGACAAACGCAUCUCGUCUGCAUCGACCUCCAGCGAUGGGGAGGGGGUUAAGAGGAGACCUCCCCGCAAGUCAAGACAUGCUCCCAAGGUGAUGAAGGUCAAGAAAGGGCCAAGCCAGCGGAACGUUCAAUGGAUCCAGGUCAUGGCGGAGGAUUCUGUGGAGGAUCGUGUUUCGCAGACGUCGACAGACUCCAGUGAACCGGAGGGCACGUUAGAGAACCUCGCCACCAAGAGAAGACAUGUGAUGAAUGAACUGCUGGACACGGAACAGAUCUACGUCAGCGAGCUGUACGACAUUCUCGAGGGCUACUACAAGCAGUUUGACAACCCGGAGCUGGCCCACCUCAUCCCCCCCAUCCUGCAUGGCAAGCGCAGUGUCCUGUUCGGGAACCUCGACGAAAUCUACAACUUCCACAACGAGGUGUUCCUUGUGCUGUUGGAGAACCACAGGGACAGACCAGCGCUGGUUGGCAGGUGUUUUGUGGAGAGGCAAGAAGACCUGCAGAUGUACAGCAAAUACUGCCAGAACAAAACUCGCUCAGAGGCGCUGAGACGCGACUGUGGGGACAACGCCUUCUUCAAGGAGUGCCAGCUCAGACUGGGCCACAAGCUGCCUUUGGAAGCAUACCUCCUGAAGCCAGUGCAGCGCAUUACAAAAUACCAGCUGCUGCUGAAGGAGAUGCUGAAAUACACUCAGGACCAGGAAGGCAGGCAGGACAUUGAUGACGCAUUGGCCACCAUGCUGGAGGUCCUCAAAAAUGUCAAUGACAUCAUGCAUCAGAUCGCCAUCACCGGAUUUGAUGGUGACCUGUCCCAGCAGGGAAAACUGCUGAUGCAGGGUUCCUUCAGCGUUUGGAGCUCCAGUAAGGACAGUAAAGUCAAGGCUCUGCGGAUCCGACCGAUGCAGAGACACAUCUUCCUGUACGAGAAGCUGCUUCUCUUCUGCAAGAAACGGGAGGACAUCAAGGAGGGGGAGAGGGCGUGUUACAGCUACAAGAACUGCAUACAGAUGAGUGCAGUCGGCAUCACAGAGAACGUGAAGGGCGACGCCCGUAAGUUCGAGGUCUGGCUGCACGGCAGAUCUGAGGUGUACACCUUCCAGGCCCCCACCGCCGACACCAAGUCCAUCUGGCUCAAGGAGAUCCGCCGAGUCCUGCUCUCGCAGUUUGACGCUUGCAAAGGUGGGGCUUCACCUGCUGCUCCUCCUAAACAGCAACAACAACAACUACAACAACUACAUCAACAACAUCAACAACAACAACAGCUACAUCAACAACAACAGCAACAUCAUCAACAACAACAACCCCAGGGCAGGGUCACGUCUGCAGGGGUCGUGCCUGAUCUGACCUUUAACCCUGCCAUACACCUUACUCCGCCUCAGUUUGACUCUGCUGAAGCUACUCGUAAGACUAACUCGCUCCCAGCCAACACACGAGCUCCAGGCAACACUACUGCAGGAGUGCCCCAGCGCCAGUCCUCUGACCUGUCUGACACGCAGGACAGCCACCGGCCGAACCUGUCCCCGAACACUGUGCACAAACUGAUGAAACAGAAUCAGUGGGGCUACCAGCCCGAGAAGAGUCCGUCCCCCAAAGAUUACAACGACAAUGGUAUCCCAUCAUCCUCCAGUAACGGCGACAGCGGCGUGGCGACGACCUCCGUGGAGGACGAGGAUUCCGACGACAUUGGCUGGUCCAGCGACGAGUUCUCCAACUCUGAGGACGAGAUGGACUCUCAGAUGUACGAGACACCAGUAGCCCUGGGCCAGUACGUGGCACUGGCAGACUACAACCCUGUAGAGAACGGGGAAAUCUCCAUGUCGGAGGGAGAAGUGGUCGACAUGCUGAAGAUGGGUGAGGAAGGCUGGUGCUACGUUUGCAUCAGCAACACAAACAUCGAGGGCUGGGCCCCGGCAAGCUACCUGGAACCUGUGGCCCCCUCCCAUGCUGCACCUGAUGCUGACAUCAGUUCCCAAGAUCCUGCAGGCGGGAGCCGGGGGAUUGAAGAUGUGGACAGGCAGAUUCCUGCAUCUGCAGCACCUACAGAUGGGAACAGGCAGAUUCCUGCAUCUGCAGUGCCUACAGAUGUGGACAGGCGGAUUCCUGCAUCUGCAGUGCCUACAGAUGUGGACAGGCGGAUUCCUGCAUCUAGUGCCUAGAUGUGGACAGGCGGAUUCCUGUAUCUUUAGGAAAUGCAGACGUGUUUAGGUGGAUUCCUGAGGAGCCGAGAAGACGUGCCCCGUCCCUUGUAGACGUGGAUUCGCUGCUGAAGCUGCUGGAGGAAGGAGAGCGGAGGAGGCAGGAGAAGGAGAAGCACAUCUCAGAGGUCUUCCAUCUCAGCAGGCCGCGGUCGGAAAACAGCUGCCGGGGGGAGGAACUUACCAGCACUGAAGCACUGAAGGAAACUUCCGACAAACCCACUAAUGCCAAAGAUGGACCAUCUCCUACCACAGACAGGUCCACUAAUACUGUAGAUGAACCUUCCCCUGCCACUGACAGGCACCCUAGUACGGUAGAUGAAUCAUCCCCUACCACUGACAGACCCCCUAAUACUGUAGCUGGACCUUCCCCUCCCACAGACAGGCCCCCCACGCCCAUCCCUGUGGACAUGAGUGAAGUGGAGCCAGCAGCCGCUAUAGAACAUGAUAUACAGGUGAUGGCAGGGGCACUUCCUCCUGUGGGUGACAACGGUUACCAUGACAAUGGUUACCAUGACAAUGGUUACCAUGACAACAGUUACCAUGGCACCCACUUGAGCCUGACUCCAGAGUUGCUUGAGGCCUGUGAAGAAAUCAGCUUUCUGAAUGCAGAGGUUUUUGACUUGGGAGGAUCUCUGCCAACAUCUGAGGGAGUCCAGGACCAGUCUGUGGGACAAAGCCAACUGUCUCCAACUGCAAGACCUCCUAGCCCUCACCCUUUUCCUAGAGAACUGCCAGAUGAGGGGCCAACUGCAAGACCUCCUAGCCCCCACCCUAUUGCUAAAGAACUGCCAGAUGAGACUGUCUUGGGUGCUCCUACUGGAACUUCUGUGGGAGAUCUGAUUAGGGAGAUGGCAGAGGAGGUGAGCAGGCUUCUGCAGAG